CAUUGAAACUCGAGGGCUAAUCCUAAUGCAUCCCCCCAGAUGGCAACUCCCACUUGAAACUCCAAAUCCAGCCAAAAACUCAAUUCACUGUCAAAUCCAACGCAAAAGGGGCUAUAAAUUUUUGCCCCCUUUUUCCCCCAAAGUUCAGAAUUAGGGUUUUUCUGCAACGACAGAAAAAUGAAAGCGUCGGUCAAAUUCCGGGAGGACCAGAAGCCGUUGCUGAGGGCCAAGGUGCCCCUCAGCAUCCUGGGCCUGCCCUUCCAGUCCGGAAUCGUCGCCGGUGAGUCCAAGGAGCUCACUCUCAACCUCGCCACCUUCUUCGAAUCCGGGCCGUCCAUCAAGAUCGCGUAUCGUCCCAACGACGCGUGGAACCCCUUCUCCCUCGUCGUCAAGACCGGGACGGGAUCCUUCGGAUCGCCGAUUUCGAGCUCCAUGCUGAUGAGCGCCGAGUUCAAUCUCCUUGACCGCGGGAGAAGCCCUAGCUUCAUGCUCCACUUUAAGCCCCAGUUCGGCGAUUUCUCGAUCAAGAAGACGCAGUCCUCGGUCUUCGAGAAGAUCGUGGGUUCUGAGAAGGACGCCGUUGCGGCGGAGACGCCGGUAGUGGAGGCGGAGUUUUCGGGGAAGAGAAAAGUUUUGUCAUCGGCAAGUCUGGCGGCUGGAGUUCUUGCCCGUUUGUUCACCGGGAUGGAGGUGGCGGCGAGGACGUCGAUGCCGGUGAGGAACCGGGCCGUGGUGAACUUGAGGUGGGGGGUUAAGGUUCCGACGGAGAUAAAGAGUGCUGGGGUGAAUCCGACUGCGGGGAUUGCGUUUCAGAAAAUCCCGUUCCUGGUGAUGAACAAGAUCGGGAUCGAACACGUGGACGGUGGCGAUUCGAAGGCCAAAACCACAAAGGCGGCGGCGGAUAAUGCGUUGACAUUUCCGGGAAAUGCUGAGGUUGCGGAGGCUUGUUUUAGGGUGAAGCAUCAGCUGGAGGCUCUGCGGACGGAGAACGGGUUGCUGAGAAAAUCCGUGGAGGAUCUGCGCCACGAAAUCGCCGGCGCCGCGAAGUCGAUUUCGAUUUCGAAUGCGUUUCCUGAGAGUGAGAUAAAUGGGGGAAGUAGGAAUUCGAGCGGGAAAGUGGAUCGGCGAUCAAACGGGAAGAAUAAGUCGCCGGAGGGCGAUGUGGCGGAGGAACUGAAGAAGGCCCUCAGUCACUGAUCGGUGGGGCCGCCUUGUCGACUAGUCUUGGUAAUUUUGAUUUUGGGAAUUUCGAUUUUGUUAGAUAUUUUGAUUAUGUACAUAGCUGAAUAAUAAGAUAUUUUGAUUAAUAUUUUGGAUUAAACAAUGAGAUUUUUGUUAAUCAUGCAAUUGUGCUUCUAGUU